CGUUUAGCCGUACAAAACGUAGCAGCACAACAGCACAAAACCAACGAAGAGGCGGCUUCACUCGAAGGGGUGCAUCAUCUCAAAAGGAUUCAUUCCGACGCUUUGCUACCGGUAUGGCAUCUAAAUAAGUCUAGUUCGACCAGCUCUAGUGAAUAUUUUAGCUGAGCGAGCGCGGGAGUGACUGGUGGGGUGAACGGUGCCGAUAACGGAUGUGGAUGUGGAUGUGCUACUGGUGCACCUGGACCACCUGGCCCUCCAGGAAUCGAUGGAACGCCGGGUAGGGUCGAUAGGCGGCAGCCUCCCAUCUAG